CUCGUGGCUGGUGAAACCAACGCGAAUAUUGGAACAAGGCAUAGACUUUGCUUUGGAGGAACCUGUCGGUUUACUCCUUCUAACCUGGAAACAAUGGCUCUUUCUUCUGCUGGCUGCACCUGGUGUCCUGCCUACUGGCCCAAAGGAUGAAGUGGACUCAGUGUUUCAAUCAAUUACUCUGGUUGUCCAGAGAAACAAAAUCUCUCCUCCCAGAGGAUAACAAUCCUCCCAACUGCACAUCUGAGACUUGAAGCCACAAUGACAUAGAUGCCCCUAAAAGAAGGGGGCAAAAGCCAACUUUCUACCAGAUACAGAACUGAGAGUCUUUGUGAAGAUGCGGAAGAUCUUUCUGGAUCCAUAAUAACUUUUGCUAGUAAGUGUAUGUGCUGCUGAAGUGAGCACUCUGUUGAUUUUAUUGAAAGGGUGAGGUCAACAAAAUUCUCCUGGGCCCAUCCUCUUGACAGAGCCCACUGACUUUUAUCUCGAUAAAGAAGAAAAGACCGUGGUACUUCUCCACCAGCAAAGUCCUGUGGAAUCAUGAAUUUUUUUCACUACCAGAUAUUUAGAUUCAGCUGGUUCACCAAGCCAGCUGGCAGACAUUUCCACAGAAACCAUCAACUUGGGGCACACCUUGCUCUUGCUGACUUGGAAGCCAUCAAUCGUUGUGAAAUGUCACUGCCUAAGAACUUUAACUUUGCUGGGGAUGUGAUAGAUCAGUGGUCACAAAAAGAGAAGAUUGGGGAGAGACCAGCCAACCCAGCCCUGUGGUGGGUGAAUGGCCAAGGAGACGAGGUGAAAUGGAGCUUCAGAGACCUGAGUACCUUAUCCCGAAAGGCUGCCAAUAUGCUCACCAAGCCUUGCAACCUGCAGAGAGGAGACCGAGUGGCUGUGAUUCUACCCAGAAUCCCUGAAUGGUGGCUUAUCAAUGUGGCUUGCAUGCGGACAGGGCUUGUCUUCAUGCCAGGAACAACCCAGCUGACAGCAAAAGACAUCCUCUACCGACUGAAAGUAUCCAAGGCCAAGUGCAUUGUGGCCAGUGAAGAGGUGGCCCAAGCAGUGGAGUCCAUUGCAUCAGAGUGCCCUAACCUGAAGACUAAACUCCUGGUGUCUCCACAAAGCCACCAUGGAUGGCUCAACUUCCAAGACCUAUUUCAAUCUGCUUCUGAAGAGCACAGCUGUGUGGAGACAGGAAGUCAAGAACCAAUGGCCAUUUAUUUCACCAGUGGAACCACGGGCUCCCCUAAGAUGGCUCAGCACUCACAGAGUAGCCUUGGUAUUGGGUAUGCCCUUUGCGGAAGGUACUGGUUAGACUUGAAGUCCUCAGAUAUCAUGUGGAAUAUGUCUGAUACAGGCUGGAUCAAAGCUGCCAUUGGUAGUGUAUUUUCUUCCUGGCUUCGGGGUGCCUGUGUUUUUGUGCACCAGAUGGUCCAGUUUGACACUAACACCUUCCUAGAUGUACGUAUUUACCUCUAUUUACAUAAUCUCUAGAAGACCUCCUUUCUCUCACAAAAACCACAUGGAAAUGAUGCUUCAGAAUAGCCUCUAGAGAUCUGGUUUCUGGAUGUAUUUAACAGAGUAGAAAGAGAUCACCCACAAAAUUGGUCAGUACAAAAUAUAUAUUUUGCUUCCCACUGUUCGGGAUUUACUAAUAUCACUAAAAUGUGGCUGCUUAGGAGCUUUGUUCUAAAUCAUAGAAGUCUUAAAUUUUAGUAAACAUUUUGUUUCUGAUUCAGUAGGGGGGAAAAGACAAUAGUUGAUCUGUCUGAAUUCCUUGUGGAAGAGACUGGUGGUGGAGGGGGUCAUUGUAUCUAUUCUCUAUUUCCUUCCUCUCUAAACACUAUACAUCCCAUUUUAAUUUGCAGGCCCUAGUACUCUUCCAGAAACCAGGCCUGAACUUACUUUUUAACCAGAAAUAACUAGAUUGAGAUAUUUGAUAACUAACCUUUAGAAAAAUGUGAUUUCAGCCAGUUAUUUCUUACCCA